GUCCAAGCCACCAGGGCCUACCUGCGGCUCAAGCGCAGGAUGAAUCAGAAGCGGAGUGGUCACCUGGCUCGAAGGAGGGCCAUCAUCCAGGGCAUCCCUGGCUUCUGGGCACGCGCCAUCCUGAAUCACCCCCAGUUAUCAGCUGUGAUAGGUGACCAGGACACAGACAUGCUCAGCUACAUGACCAAUUUAGAGGUGGAGGAACUGGGUCGUCCCAAGUACCGCUGCAGGUUGAUGUUUUACUUUGGGAGCAACCCCUACUUCCAGAACGACGUGAUCGUUAAGGAGUAUCACCUUAGCAUCGGCGGAUAUCGGGAGACUCGUUGCACUCCAGUCCAGUGGUUCUGGGAUUAUGAACGUGGUGCUGCCAGCCGCAGGCGAGACCCCAGCGGCCUGAACUUCUUCAAC